GAGGGAGGGAAACGAGGGUAGUGCGCGGUUGGUGGUGGCUGGGAAGGAGAGGAGGAGGAGGAGGAAGGAGGUGGAGGUGGAGGGCUUCGUCUUUUUUCUCUGAGACUGAUUCCUUGCAGUCUUCGGUGAGAGGCUGAGCGAGCGAGCAGCCAGCUUGGGGAGUUCCUUCUCCAUUUUUUUUUUCUUGUUUUUGUUUUUCUUUUUUUCUCAUCAUUUUUUUGUUGGUGUAUGGUUGCUGUGCGAGCAGUCCAGCGGCGGCUCCUUGGUGCCUUCAGUGUGCAGCAUGGAAACCAAGUCCCUGUUCAGCCUGCACAGAGCCCUCGCUCAACCCGUCAAGAUGUGCAUGUUCGAUUUCCCCGUUACCAUCCUGGACGACCUGAGCUCGACGCAGGAGAUCGGCGAGGAGGCAGAGGAGGACGCCAUCUUCACCAUCACGCUGAGGAAGGUGCAGCUUCAUCAGUCGGCCAGUAAGGGGCAACGAUGGCUGGGCGUGGAGACGGACUCUGCCCUGAGCCUCUACGAGACCUGCAAGGUGCGGACCAUCAAGGCCGGCACGCUGGAGAGGCUGGUGGAGUACAUGGUGUCGGCGUUCAGGGGUAAAGACUCCACCUACGUCACCAUCUUCCUCUGCACCUACCGCUCCUUCGCCACCACCAAGCAGGUGCUGGAUCUCCUGCUCCACAGGUAUGCCAAGCUCCAAAAUGUCCCUGCAGCCACAGCACACAGAGUCUCCCAGGACGACUGCACAGAGCUGAGAAACACUGUUUCAUCCAUCCUGGGCGCGUGGUUGGACCAGUACUCUGAGGACUUCUGGAGCCCUCCGAACUACGACUGUCUGCACCAGCUCCUGUCCUACCUUCACCGCCACUUCCCAGGCUCCGACCUGGAGCGCCGCGCCCGCAACCUGCUGGCCCACUUCCAUCGUCGACAGCAGUGUGAGCCUGAUCCUGAUGUGGAGCACAUCGGCUGCCCUUUUGCUACGCAGGAAGAGAGUGGCUUUGAGGACGAGCUUCCUGCUUUUAGUUUCCUGUCGUUUGACCCCAUCAUGGUGGCAGAGCAGUUCACCCUCAUGGACGCGGAUCUGUUUAAGAAGGUGGUGCCCUACCACUGUCUGGGGGGGAUCUGGUCUCAGCGAGAUAAGAAGGGGAAGGAGCACCUGGCUCCCACAAUCAGAGCCACUGUGGCCCAGUUUAACUCUGUCACCAACUGCGUCAUCACUACCUGCCUGAGCAAUCCGACGCUGAAGCCCAACCAGAGAGCCAGGCUACUGGAGAGGUGGAUAGACGUGGCUCGGGAGUGUCGGAUACUGAAGAACUUCUCUUCGUUGCGAGCCAUCCUCUCCGCCCUUCAAUGUAAUGCUAUCCACCGCCUGAAGAGGACCUGGGAGGAAGUGUCACGGGAGAGUUUCCGCACCUUCCGCGAGCUAUCCGAGAUCUUCUCAGAUGACAACAACUACUCCCUCAGCCGAGAGCUGCUGGUGAAGGAGGGAACCUCCAAGUUUGCCACUUUGGAAAUCAACCCCAAACGAGCUCAGAGGAGACACCAGCAGCAGAGAGACCUGGGAGUGAUGCAGGGGACAAUUCCCUACCUGGGGACCUUUCUGACGGACCUGGUGAUGAUGGACACUGCCAUGAAGGAUUACACUGAGGGUGGUCUGAUCAACUUCGAAAAGAGAAGAAAGGAGUUUGAGGUGAUUGCUCAGAUCAAACUGCUCCAGUUGGCCUCCAACAACUACAGUUUCACUCAGGACAGCCACUUCAGAGAGUGGUUCGCAGGCGUGGAGAAACUCAGCGAGGCAGAGAGCUACAAUCUGUCCUGUGAGAUCGAGCCACUGUCAGAGUCAGCCAGCAACACGCUCCGAGCUAAGAAGAACGGAGGAAUCAUGAAACGCUGGAGCGACCGGCAGUUGACGGAGGCUGGCUGCAGCAGCGCCCCAGGCUCUCAUUCCAAGUCCUUCGACCACUCGCACUACAGACCGUACCAAGGAGGCGGGGGGGACAGCGGUGACGCCCUCAGCGUCACCUCUGUCAGCUCCAGUGGUUCAGACCUGGAGGACGUAAACGCCAGCUUCCUGUCCGAUUCUCCGGAGGGACAUGAGAGAAAGACGUCGACUCCUUCAGUGAAACUUACCGUCUCUGCUUUGGGGAGAGAAGCUCCAACAGCAGAUACAACGUCAACGUUCUGGGAGUGUACGUCUCUGUCGUCUCUGGACACCUCCGGCACGGGCUCCAGCUCUGGCUCGGCGUCCGGCUCCAGCAGCGCCUCCUCCUCCUCCGUCUCCUGCUCCACCCCGCUGUCUGCCUCCCGCUCACACAAACGCUCGGUGUCGGCGGUGUCGAACUACUCGACUCUGUCGCUGCCGCUGUACAACCAGCAGGUCGACGACUGCUGCAUCAUCAGGGUCAGCCUGGACGUGGAGAACGGAAACAUGUACAAGAGCAUCCUGGUGACGAGUCAAGACAAGACUCCAGCCGUCAUCAGGAAGGCCAUGAUCAAACACAACUUGGAGCGGGAGAAGACGGAGGACUAUGAGCUGAUGCAGAAAAUCUCUGAGGACAAAGAGCUUCGGAUCCCGGACAACGCCAACGUUUUCUAUGCCAUGAACUCCACUGCCAACUACGACUUUGUCCUGAAGAAGCGCGGCUUGGCCCGGCCGGUGCGGGCCAAGAACGUGGCCAGUUCGACGCUGCCUCGCAUGAAACAGAAGGGACUGAAAAUCGCUAAAGGGAUUUUCUAAGGAGAAACGUGCCACUUCCUGCCUCCCCUCCACCCCCUUAACCCUCUCUGGUCUCCACUUCUCAGAAGAAACAUUUCUGUUCAGGUCUCUCUUUGAGGCAAACUAACCUGAAGUAUCUGAGUUUUGGUUUGGACAAAGACUGAGAUGCCAGAGGAGAUGAUAUAAAUGACCAAGUAACCUUUCUGUGGAUUAACAGAAAGCAGAGGAGCACCUUAGCACUUAGUAAAAGCUGUGUCAUCAGGACCCUCCGAGGACGUUAAAAGGCUGAGUUUGUCGCAGGAAAUUCUUAGAGGUUGUUUCCGUAAGUGACAACCGAAGGACCCGUUCGUGGGGAAAAACAAACAGCUGCGUUGGUGUCAGGCGGCGAAAUUUACUUCACAUGACUGGUUGUGUCGGCUUGUGGGAAAUCAGAUCCAUCUUGUUUCCCGGUUCAUUACUUUUUGUUUACAAUUGUUUACAUCCUAACAUCACUCGGUCAGCUCUUAAACAUUUUUGUUCAAGCCUCUGGUUCACGAGAGGAUAUUCGCACCUUCGAUAAAACUAUUUUUUAAAACCCCAGAUUCC